AAAAUGAAACGAGUCCAAACCAACAACGAUCCGCAGAUGGAUAAUACCGUUAGAGAUUCGACGAAUUUUAUCGAAUUGAAUGUCGACAUGAACGUGACUGUGUCGAACGUGAAGAAAUCAAAGAUGUUCCAAAGAUCGCGCGGCAUCUUUCUGUUCCUGUUAGCGAUCGCGUUCGCUGUUAUUCUAUCUCACCUGCGGAAAGAAGUCCGCGCUUUGCAAGUACAGAUGCAAUCCGUGAACGUGAACCUGCUUGUACUAAUGUCUAAAUACGACAGACUAAACAGAAGUUUGAAUCGGGCUUGGAUAAACAGGCCAGAUAGGUUUCUCGAGCACAGAAGCAUGCACAAUGUGAAACGGCUCCUCGAAGAUGCUUCGUCGAUGACGAAAACGAUGCACCUAUUAGACAAUAUUCGCAACGGAACCGGCGAAAACUUGUACGCUUAUAAUGUAUCGAUCAUUCCGUACUUAAAUACGCUCGCAAGGGACGAACAGGCGUCACGCGACGGUGGUGUUCAUGGUGCAAACGAAACGAACGAAAUAAUAAACCUGAACCCGUUACCGAAGCCAGAGAACGACCGAACGUCGGAUGAGAAAGAUGAAAGUAACUCACGUAUCGAAAGAGCGAUAUUAACUGCGGGGCAACAAAAUUCGUCGGCGAAACGAAUCGAUUCGGAUCGCGGUGAAACUGUCGGUCGCAAUAAUGAUACCGAUGACGAAUAUACCGACGACUAUGUCGACGACGAGUCACAAUUAGAUAUAAGAAGAGAACCUCGUUCCGGACGGUCCCGAAGAGACGAGGGAAGAGGUAAAAAACGGGGAAAGAACAAACGGCGGCCCAAACGCAGCCGCAGGCGAUUGGGUCCAUUGGUGGCAACAUUUGUAGGUGCAAUUCCUGAGCAGCAUGUUACAGAUACAGUGUAUAUUGGUCCCUGGGUGAGAAGCACCAAAAACAACACCCAGUAUAGUCUAAAUAAAUUCCAUUUAGUCGAAGAUAAAAAGUCUAUAGAAGUUACCGCUACUGGUCUGUACAUGAUUUCUGCUCAGAUAUUUUAUUUCGGCGAACCAACGAAUUAUUCAUACUGGAUACUAUUAAGUUCAGAAGGUAAAUCCACCUCUCAGAAACUCGUCAAGUGUUCUACAGCAUCUUCCACGUCAGCGACAGAAGUGUCGUGCUACACUAGCGUGAUUACACCUUUGCAGAGGGGUGACAGAGUUCACAUACAACAACAAGAGAAGAACAGAUUAAUAAAUAUGCGAGAAGGGCACAGUUACAUACAACUUGUACUUUUAUCGAAUAACAUUCGUAAGAAACGUCAGCGGUAGAG